GCUAUAUAGUAAUCUACAUUCCAUAGUCAUAUCAGCUUACUAAAUUUCUCCACACCUCCUUUUUGUCGAAGAAGAGUUAUCGGUGAAGAAUAGAGAGCCCAGCUAAGCUAGCGCAUGCCAGCCAGGUGAUCACAAGAAAAACGGAAUCCAUCUGUCCUGACUGACCGCGCAGCGCGGCCGGGCUCGCCGAGCACAGUAGCGAAGCUAGCAGCCAGGAAAUGGACGCGACAGCAGAAGCUAGUGAUGAAGGAAAAGGUGACCGACCGGAGAAGAAGGUGCCGUUGCUCGGCAUGUUCAGGUAUGCCGACCGCCUCGACGUGCUGCUCAUGGCGGUCGGCUCGCUGGGGGCGGUGGCCAACGGCGUGUCGGAGCCCCUCAUAUCGGUCCUCUUUGGAGACGUCAUCAACUCCUUCGGCGAGAGCACGACCAGCACCGUCCUCGGCGCUGUCACCAAGGUGCACUGCCAUGGCCUACGGUGGUCACUCACUUAACUUGAAGGGUAGUGGCAAGGCGAUUUAACAGAGAAUUAAUGUUCUUUUCAUCUCCAGGUUUGUCUCAACUUCAUAUAUCUGGGCAUUGGGGCAGCAGUUGCUUCCUUCCUUCGUAAGUGGAACUUCCAUCCUAAUCCUUGGAGUGCA